AUGUCUUGGACACUUGAUGUUGAUCGUGGUAGACAAACUUGGAGAUACUCAAAAGAGGUCAAUCCAAACCCAAAGCCAGUGGAUGGUACAUUCUGUCCAAAAGGUUGUAAUAUGACACCAGCAAAAUCACCACAGGAAUCAAUUACCAAAGCUGUUCAAUAUUUUACACAGGUUCAAACUGAAGAUGGUCAUUGGGCAGGUGACUAUGGUGGACCGAUGUUUUUGUUGCCAGGUCUCGUCAUCACUUGUUAUGUCACUGGCUACAAGCUACCAGAACCACACGUACAAGAGAUCAUCCGUUAUCUCUUGAACCGUCAGAAUCCAAAGGAUGGCGGUUGGGGAUUGCACAUUGAAGCACAUUCCGACAUCUUUGGUACCGCUCUUCAGUAUGUCUCGCUGCGUCUUCUCGGAUUGCCAGUUGAUCACCCAGGUGUAGAGCGUGCCAGAAAGUUCCUUCGCGACAACGGUGGUGCAACCGGUAUUCCAUCGUGGGGUAAGUUCUGGUUAGCAACACUCAACGUCUAUUCCUGGGAUGGCUUGAAUCCAAUCCCCAUUGAAUUUUGGUUGCUCCCUUAUUCCGUUCCCAUUUGUCCGGGUCGUUGGUGGUGCCAUUGCCGUAUGGUAUACCUCCCAAUGUCUUAUUUAUACGCACGUCGUACAACAGCUGCAGAAACCCCUUUGAUUCGUGAGCUCCGUAAAGAACUCUACGUCACACCCUACUCUGAAAUCAAUUGGCCAGCUCAACGCGAUCAUAUCAACAAGUUGGACAUGUACGCACCACACUCUUACUUGUUGAAGAGUGUCAACGGUGCGCUUAAUCUCUACGAACGUAUGCAUUCCAAAUGGUUGCGUGAUAAAGCAAUCGAUUUCACAUUCGAUCACAUUCGUUUCGAAGAUGAACAAACCAAGUACAUAGAUAUCGGACCGGUCAACAAGACAUUGAAUAUGUUGGUGGUAUGGGAUCGUGAAGGACAAUCACCCAAUUUCUUCAAGCAUGCCGAUCGUCUCUAUGAUUAUCUUUGGUUAGCAUCGGACGGAAUGAAAAUGCAGGGAUACAACGGUUCACAACUGUGGGACACUGCAUUCACUAUCCAGGCAUUCGUAGAGUCGGGAAUCUCGCAUCAAUUCCCAGAGGCAAUGCGUAUGGCCAAUCAUUAUCUCGACAUCACACAGGUGCCUGACAAUGCACCCGACGGUUAUUUCCGUCAUAUCUCCAAAGGAGCAUGGCCAUUCUCAACAGUGGAUCACGGUUGGCCAAUUUCUGACUGCACAGCCGAGGGAAUCAAAGCAGCACUCGCCCUCCGUUCACUUCCAAACAUCGUUCCAAUCUCGUUGGAUCGUGUAGCCGAGGGUGUAAACGUGAUUCUCUCACUUCAAAACAGCGAUGGUGGAUGGGCAUCCUACGAGAACAAACGUGGACCAAAUUGGUUGGAGUUGUUCAACCCAUCUGAAGUCUUCCAAAACAUCAUGAUUGACUAUAGUUAUGUUGAAUGCUCUGCCGCUUGUAUCCAAGCAAUGUCAUCAUUCUUGAAGCAUGCACCGGAGCACCCUCGCGCCCGUGAGAUUCGUCGUUCUAUUGAUCGUGGUAUCAAAUUCAUCAAGUCGAUUCAGAGGGACGAUGGUUCAUGGCUUGGAUCAUGGGGUAUCUGCUUCACCUAUGGUACAUGGUUCGGUGUUGAAGGUUUGGUUGCAAGCGGUGAACCACUCAACUCACCACACCUAGUGAAAGCAUGCAAAUUCCUCAUUUCCAAGCAGCGUGAGGACGGUGGUUGGGGAGAGUCGUUCCGUUCCAACGUCACCAAGAACUACGUACAACACGAGCAAUCACAGAUAGUCAACACCGGUUGGGCAUUACUCUCGUUGAUGGCAGCCAAGUAUCCAGAUCGUGAACCAAUAGAGCGUGGUAUCAAAUAUUUGAUCUCCAAGCAGUAUCCAAACGGUGACUUCCCACAAGAAUCAAUCAUCGGUGUAUUUAAUUUCAAUUGUAUGAUCAGUUAUUCGAAUUACAAGAAUAUCUUCCCACUUUGGGCAAUUUCAAGAUACAACAAUAUCUACUUAAAAUCUAAAAUUUAA